UUUCGAAAGUUUUGACAAGUAGAAGAAUGUCUGGCCGUGGUAAAACUGGAGGGAAAGGUCGGGCUAAGGCCAAGACGCGUUCGUCCCGAGCUGGCCUACAGUUCCCGGUGGGCCGAAUCCAUCGCCUGCUGCGCAAGGGGCAUUAUGCAGAGCGGGUCGGGGCUGGAGCCCCCGUUUAUCUGGCUGCCGUCCUUGAGUACCUGACCGCUGAGAUCCUCGAGUUGGCGGGCAAUGCGGCCCGGGACAAUAAGAAGAGCCGCAUCAUUCCUCGCCACCUGCAGCUCGCCAUCCGCAACGAUGAAGAGCUCAACAAGCUGCUGGGUGGGGUCACCAUCGCCCAGGGCGGCGUCUUGCCCAACAUUCAGGCUGUGCUGCUGCCCAAGAAAACCGGGCACCCCAGCAAGGUCUACGCCUGAACUGGGGGGAGAUCUGAGAAAACGAAGAUCAAUUCAACAAAACAAACCACAAAGGCUCUUUUCAGAGCCGCUCAAUUCUUUCUAAAGAGCUUAAUCCAGACUGUCUUAAUGGGGGAAUUUGAUGAGUAGGCGCGUGGUUUACUAGUGAUAUGAUUUUAACGAAUUUCGAGAAAUUAUGGCUGUUGCAAAAAAUCUUGACAAAGUUUUUGUCUAGCUAGACAUUUGACAAAGUGAAAAACGAGAACCGCCGGAAGCAAAGUGAUAGCGCCGUGACAGUUUUUUGCGGCGAACAUCCGCCCUUUUAUUUCUUGCCCUCUGUGGAGCAGUGUUUCCUUCCCCACCCCCAUUUCACCCUAAA